AUAAUGCUACGAACACAUCAAAAUCUCUACCAGCUGACUCCGAGCCAAUCUUUUCCAUAAUCGGAUUGUCUCUUGGCGUAUUUGGGAACUUACUCGCUUUGAUUAUUUUAGUGAAAUCAGCACACAUACAUAAAUGGAAAGUGUUUUACAAGAUGAUAACCACAUUAUCCAUCGUUGACCUAACAGGAAUUUUGUUUUUAUCACCGAUUGUAAUAGCUGUAUAUACCAAUGAGAUGAACUGGGUUGGCGGGAAAGGACUAUGUCAUUUCUUCUCGUUCAUGUUGAUAUUCAGUAGUAUGUGUACGUGUUUGAUUAUAGCAGCAAUGGCGCUUGAUAGAUAUGUUGCUAUUGUUCAUCCAAUCAAGUAUAGAACAAUACCGAAAGACAGACUAGUCAAAUUUGUUAUAGCAGGAAUUCUACUUUUCUCAGCGUUUGUUUCCUGUUUUCCUAUAAUGGGAAUCGGUCAUAAUGUCGUUCAUUUUCCGGGAUCUUGGUGUUUCCCUAAUUUUUACGAUUCAUUUAUUGAUUGUUCAAUAUUUGCUUACUUUUAUUCGAUCACCAUAUUACUGCUUGUGAUCAUGACAGCUACUCUGAAUAUUUGGGCUUUAGCAAAGUUAAUUGUUGGAAAACGAAGCAAUGUUAGAAGAGGCAGCAACACUGCCCGGUCCAAACGACAUAUUGAUGUGUAUAUUAUGAUUCUGCUAAUUGUUAUUUUUGUAGUGUUUGCUGUUUGCUGGUCACCAUUUGUGGUUCGGAUCAUUAUUUCCCAAAUUACUGGACGUCAUGAUAAAAUGGUGGAUCUUGUUACUCUAAGGAUAGCAUCAUUUAACCAAAUAUUAGAUCCAUGGGUGUACCUGUUAUUCCGGAGAGAAAGCCUUAGAAGGCUCGUUGGACAAAUAAGUAAACGUUUGCCCAUGUCGAGCAAAGAAAGAUUUUUUGCCCAACUGUUUAGUGCGUCAAGCUUUCAUAAUACUCAUAUAGAAGCCGAGGAGAGCUCUGAUAAAAAUUCUGUUGAAGUUGGACAGAAAAGUUUGAAUUCCUCGGACUCAAAAACGUCAAUGAAAACUUUGGAAAUCACAGAACUAUAA